AACUGUCAUUCGUAAUCAGUGGACUCGACCAGCUGUCACCAAAAUCAGAAGAAAAGAAAUGUCAGAUCGAACUUUUCUUGUUGACUGUUGAAGAUAAUUUUCCACAUAAUUUAAUUUAACUAUUAUUAAAUUCAUGCAAGUUUUGUAUAUUUGUUGUAAAAAAUAAACAGUGGAUAUGAUUCUUUCGAAAAGUACUGUGUGGUUUUUGGGUGUUCUUGUAUUGAUAUCGGUUUUUAUGGCAAGUUUAUUAAAUAUGAUUGCUACGGAUCAUAAUUUUUAUAUUGAAAACGAAAACGAGGGAAAAAACUUUACCAAGUAUUUAGUUGAAAAAUAUGUGAAAAUUGAUGAUACACCGGAGAAAGUAGUUUGGUUUCUUCAGAUUUCAGAUAUACAUAUUAGUAUUUUUCGGGAUCCUGGAAGAAUAUCACAAUUUCAACAAUUCUGUGAUAACACAGUCAAGAAAAUAAAGCCUGCAAUAGUUUUGGCAACGGGUGACCUAACUGAUGCUAAGGCCAAAGAUAACUUAGGUAGUUCCCAAGUGAAGACAGAGUGGAUAUAUUAUCAUAAUAUUGUACAAGAGUCAGGAGUCACUGAUACAACUGCCUGGUUAGACAUAAGAGGAAAUCAUGAUAACUUUAACAUCAGAACAAUACAUUCUCAAGAAAAUUACUUCAGGAAUUAUUCAGUACAAGGGCAUAAACAUGCUAAGUCUUAUAUUCAUUAUGUUCAAUCAAACGGUGUCAAUGUUGCAUUCUUGGGUGUUGAUGCAUGUCCAGACCCUGGUCUAAGAAGACCAUUUAAUUUUAUUGGCAUAUUAGAUGCAGGAGAACAACAACUUCUGCAGAAGCUCAAAGUAGAGGCAGAAAGUAAAGCUGACCAUAUUGUUUGGUUUGGACACUACCCUACGUCAUGCAUACUGUCCCUUGAGAAUGAAGCCUCGAAAGUAAAUAUACGCCAACUUAUUGGUUCAAGUCGAGGUUCACAUGUUUAUGUUUGUGGACAUUUACAUUCUAUGGGUGGAUUAGUUACAAAAAUGUACACAAAACAAAAGAAAGGCUACUUAGAGCUGGAGCUAGGAGACUGGAAAGAUAACAGAAUGUACAGACUGGCAGCUAUAGAUCAUGGUCAUUUCUCAUUUGUUGAUCAGAAACAUAAUGUCUGGCCACUUGUGCUGGUCACAAAUCCAAAACAUGCCAGAUAUAUCAUGCAUGGUCGGGAACCUUUGCAAUUAAUUCCAGACUCAAGUCACAUAAGAAUUCUUGCAUUUAGUGAUGUAGAUGUUAAAAAUGUAGAUAUAUCCUUUGACCAAAUAAGUUGGAUGACAUGCAGGCACACCAAAGGGCCACUCUAUGUUUGUCAUUGGUUACCUCACUUGUUUAAGAAAGGUGUUCACUAUUUGUAUGUCAAAGUUUAUGAUGAGUUAGGAAGAGAAGCCUUUGUUGAACAUCCCUUCACAUUGGAUGGAAGUGUAAUGGGUUUUGAGAUAACAGCCAGAAUUUUGCUCAUGUUGGAUGCCGGAGUAGUGUUUCAGGCAAUAUUUGGAACACUUCUAAUGAUUAAUGUUUUGCCAUUAGUAGUUCUUAGACUAAGCAAAAGACCCCCAAGGCUUCGUGUGAAAUAUGCUCGACAGAUGAUAAGGAGACUCUGGCUAUUGAGUAAAAUAGACCGGGUGUUUUAUCCUAUUGUGUUGUAUGCAGCAUAUCUUCCUUUUGGUCCAUGGGCCAUUGGAGAGCUUAUAGAUGGCCAUGUGGGAGCAAUUUUUGCUUGGGGUAUACUAAUAAAGGGGUCAUUCAUUCCAGAGCCAUUUACCUAUAUGUAUGGAAGUGUGCAACUAAUGUUUGUACAAGUACCUCUAGUGUUUGUAUUGGCACACUGCUUGGACUAUCGUCUAUAUGGCUAUAGUGCCAGAGGAGUGAGGAGAUUGAUAUUGAAUCUGCCAUUUGUGUUCUUACUAUCAAUACAGCUCCUAUUGGCAUACUUCUUUUGGUUGGAAUAUGGAACUAUGUCUUUCAUGUUUGGACCACUGAGAACGUGGAGCAUUGCUUUAAGUUUAUUAUUGUGGUAUAAGACAUUGAAUUUACCGCCAGAGUAUUGUAGACACCUGUUAAAACUGACUGAAACUCCAUCAUAGUAUUUUAACAAGAGGAUGACUUUGAAUAAAUUGUACAGCACAAUUAUGUGUCGUGUGUUGAGCUUAGCAGCUUUCCUUUACGCCAAAGUAGUCUUGGCUUCUGUGGAAGAUAUGGUAUCAACAUACUAUUAACGAAUAAUAAAGAGAUUAACACAAUUAUUUCAUAGUUUAACUGUUCAAGGACUGAUUUUUCAAUUGACAGGUAACAUAUUUUCUUGUAAAUUUUUGCUAAUCGACUAUUAAGGGAUGAAUAUGUUUAGUAUUAACACCAAAGAAAUAAAUUGUAACAUUCAAGGAUAAAUCAAUAUUUACGUAAAUUAUAAAAUCCAUUUAACGAAUGACUACAAAUUGUGAUUGACUCAUUAAUUAACAAUUUAAAAAUAAUUAUUUUCUGACAUUUGUGUUGAUAAAAUGUUAUAUGUUGGACACAUUACAUACAUUAAGUAUAUUAUAGUUAUUUGACUUAAAAAACCUUGUUGUACUUUAAAAUUUAAGUCUUAUCUAGAUCCUAGUCUGACGGAACACUGAAGUAUUUGAUUAAAUAGCAUUUACCUAUUUUUAUUCUAAAAAAACGAUACAGAAACUAAAAAAAACUGAUGAAGUAAAUGUCAAAAAACCUUGUAUUUAAGAUAAAAUACAUUGAAAAGAUUAAGAGUUACAUCGAUCUUUGAUUUCGUAAUUCAUAUCUCUUAAUAUUAUCUUUAAAAUAGUUCACGAACAAUAUUGAUAACACAGAUGGUGCUUCAAAUGGUACAGGAAAAAAUAUACAAAAAAUAAAACAUGCUGUAUAAUAAAAAUUAAAAAAAAAUUUAUUAUGUAAUAAAGUAUUGCAUUAUAAUUACCACAUUCACGUAACUAGCUGUGUACAAUUAGUUUUAUUUGCUUAGUACCUAAAGAGGCUGUGAAUGAGUCGUUCGGAUGCGCACACGCACUUAAUUUGUUUUUUACAUAAUUCAUUGUAUAGCUUUUAUUUAGACGUAGUUGUAUGUCGUUGCUUGUAUAUACUUGUUAUUUUCGCUACUUAUGUACUUUUUAAUUUGACCAACAUAAUUAUUAUUAUUAAUUUCCAUAAUUACUUAUGUUUAAGUAUG